AUGCGUAACAUUUUCCACCCGGCGCACCCUCCAAGUCCCUUUAGGGGGAUUUCCGCCGUCCAUCGACUGAUAAUGAUCGGAGAGUUGGUGGGACGAACGAACGGAUCGAGUUACGGAACACGGAUAAUAUUAUUGUUUAUUUCUUUUUGGAAACACAAGAUUUUCUUCGUUUUUCUUCGUUACGUCGUCUUUCGUUUCCUCUUUGUUUUCAUUCAUUUUUCAUCAUUCUUCGAUAUCUAUUGCCAGCUUAUCAAAAUAAUAUUUAAUUAUUUUCUUUCUAUUGACUUCCCCCUUUCCUUUCCUCUUUUCUUUUCUUUCUUUAUUUCUUUUCUUUCUUUUUGUUUCUUAUCUUUUAUUUGUUUGUUUCUUUUCUUUUUUAUUCUUUUCUUUCCUUUUCUUUCAUUCUUUCCUUUCUUUACGUUUCUUUCUUUUCAUUUGUUUGUUUCUUUCUUCUCGUUUCUUUUUUCUUUCUUUCUUUCUUCUCGUUUCUUUCUUUCUUUCUUUCUUUCUUUUCUCUUUUCAUAUCUAUCUAUCUAUCUAUCUAUCUAUCUAUCUAUCUAUCUAUCUAUCUAUCUAUGUGGGCCUGUCUAUCUGUCAGUAUGA